GUGGUUUGUGUGGUUGGUUACUGCUGGUGGUGUCAAAUGCAGAAACUCCACAUGUUUCCACCAAAGUUGGUGAAGAUGCUGUCGGGAUGUGCCUUGCUGCCUUGAUUCCGUGGCUUUCAUGGUGGGUCCAUGGCGCCCAUGAAGCAGCAAGAAGUUGCAACAGAGAGCUCCGGUCAAAAUCAAGUGACUUGGAAGAUUCCACUCUCUCCAUCUUUUUCCACCCUAUCAAGCCCUAUUACUUGUUGACUAAAAGCUGCACCCUUAUGUGAUCACCACAGGGCCUUUGAAUCAUUGUGAAUCUACGACGAGCCACGCGCACACAAAGCCAUGGACUAGAAUUUGAUGUGCUGAACUCUGCACUUGUCGAAGUAUAGCAUGUCCGCAGGGGUUCAGAGCUCCAGCAUGUGUGAGUGACUAUAUAAUAUUAGAAGGAUCUAGAAGGCAGAAUGCGCGACUUUUUCUCUUGGUGCACCCUACUCUACUCGUACUGUGGCAGGAUGACCGGAUUGGAAUGAAAAAUGGGAGUGUGAUUUGGCAGAUGAACAAUUCGAAUUGACAAGUCAGGAAUCUUGUUGAUGAAGAGCUGGACGUCUUAUUAUUUGCGUUUUGGACACCCAGAGUUUCCAGCUUGCCAUGCUGAUUUUCUUGACAGCCCUCUCAUGCUCAUAAUGGCUGGACUGACGUGAAUAUCCUGGACUGACGUGAAUAUCCUUGUUGGACUAUACACAGAAACAAAAAUACUGCAAGUCAAGUGGCUGUAGCCCACGGUUCCUUUGUGGUAGAGUCUUGACAGGUUUUGAUUUGGGCAUACAUCUUGGUCGCUGUCUCAACUUAAGCCGCGUCACAAAACCUGCGGUCAUUGCACACAUGUUCCAGUCCAAACAGUAGGCCUGCUUUAAAACUGGAGCACCUGAGAUUAGAGUAUUUUGAUGUAUGUUCUACCUGGGAGAGAACUGGUCUUCGUUAGUUUCUGAUGUGGUCUCUGUGGGUCCUGACCUAUCUGAAAAGGACUUGGUCCAACAAUUGGGAGCUUUCUCUCAAAACUUCACAGUCCUCGAGGUCGGCAGCUACUUUGGUUACACCACGCGUUUGUUGAGCCACUUGUUCAAGCGAGUGAUAGCGCUGGACGCCAUCCCGGAGCUGCUCCAGGCCAAUCGGGAAUACAACAUGGACCGGGACAACAUCCUCUACUUGAGGUUCCACACAGGAAACCAUGAUUGGAGCAUUUUUUCCAUGAACACCAUCCACGUGGUCUUUUUGGAUGCCUCUCAUGACUUUGAAAGCGUGAUGCAAGAUAUUGACAACUGCUUGCGUAUUCCCACAGUUAGUCUCAUCAUUUUCGAUGACUAUGGUGCCGAAGAGGGAGUGCGUUUGGCAGUCGAACGCUUUGUUGCAGCCAAGCGCUUGCAACCGGUGGCCUUGUUGGGUGAAGGCGAGAAUGGCCCUUGGAAAUUGCGAGAUGGCCGUGAGGUUAAGGAUCGGGAAGCCAUCGCCUGCGAGGUGCUACGGCCGUGAGUCCAACACGCCAAUCCGAUGAUGUCCGAUUUGCUUCGCGC